AUGGCAUUUACAUUUGUUGCUUUUGCUUACUUAAUUGGUAUGUUAGCUGUUGGAUUUGGAAUUUUUAUGGCUAUAAUGAUUGUUAUUUCAAUUGAUGAAUUAAAAACUGAUUACAAAAAUCCUAUUGAUCAAUGUAGAUCUCUAAAUAAUUUGGUUCUUCCAGAAUAUGCCAUUCAAGGAGGUGUAACUUUCCUUUUCUUAAUAACAUUACAAUGGUGUGCAAUAAUUUGGAAUGUACCACUUUUAGCAUACCAUAUUAAUAGGUAUCUUAAUCGUCCAAGAAUGUCGACUCCAGGAAUAUAUGAUCCAACAACAAUAAUGAAAGCAAAUGAAUUAAGAUUAGCAUACAAAGAAGGGUGGAUAAAACUUGGAUUUUACCUUAUUUCCUUUUUCUACUAUCUUUACGCUCUCAUUUAUACAAUGGUAACUACUUCCUGA